AUGCUGAGGGACUGCGCCGAGUAUACAAAGCGAUGUCCCAAGUGCCAAGAAUUCCAAGCACUGCCGGGUCGACCUGCGACGAACUACACCCCGGUAAUCACAGACAAUGGCCGCCAGUUCGAGGCACGAGAAUUUUCAGAAUUCUUAGCAGGAUCGGGCGUUAAGCAUAGCCGGGUGGCGGUAUCUUACCCUCAGGCGAAUGGGCAAGUGGAGAAUGCGAAUAGAACCAUCCUCGACGGCCUCAAGAAAAAGCUAGAAGUGGCUGGCGGAGCUUGGGUGGAGGAACUCGACGGCAUCCUCUGGCCCUAUCGCACGACACCAAGAAGGGCAACCGGGGAAACCCCGUUCGCACUCGCCUAUGGAUUCGAAGCUCGGGCCCCGGUGGAAGUAAUCAUACCUAGUAGAAGGGUGGAGGAGUUCGAGUCAGAACAAAAUGAACUCCACCAAAGGGUGGAUCUGAACUUCUUGGAUGAAAAAAGAGAAGCGGCAUUCUGCAAGAUGGAGAACUACGGUCGUCAGCUAAAGUCCUACCACGACGCAAAAGUCCGACCCCGGUACUUCCAGGUCGGCGACCUUGUGUUGCGAAGAAGGGAAGCCAGCCAACCCCUUGAAGGGGGAAAAUUCGCAAAGAAGUGGGAGGGGCCUUACGCCGUGGAGGAAGUCGUUCGCCCCAGGAACAUACAAGUUAAAAACUACAUGGGGAAGAAUGAUCGAUCGGGUAUGGAACUCGGAACAUUUGAUCAAGUACUUUCCUUAAAAAUCCUGUAG